CUCACCACCACCACCACCAGCUCUAGCCACCAUGACCAAGGUCGACCGUGCUCAGCAGAACGCGGCCCACGCCGCCAAGAUCCAGCGCGACUUCCGCACCGACACGAUCACGAUGCCGACCGAGGAGAUGUUCGACCUCAUGCGCGGUGCCUCGCGCGGCGACGACGUCUACGGCGAGGACCAGGCGACCAACGACCUGCAGGACAAGAUCGCCAAGAUGGCCGGCAAGGAGGCGGGCCUGUUCUGCGUCUCGGGCACUAUGACGAACCAGCUCGCGAUCCGCACGCACCUCACGCAGCCGCCGCACUCGAUCAUCCUCGACGCGCGCUCGCACGUGCACCUGUACGAAGCCGGCGGCGUCGCCAUGCACUCGCAGGCGUCGUCGCACGCCGUCCCGCCGCGCAACGGCCACCACCUCACGCUCGAGGAGGUGCUCGACAACGCCGUCUUUGGCGAGGACAUCCACUCGGCGCCGACCAAGCUCGUCUCGCUCGAGAACACGCUCUCUGGCAUGGUGUUCCCGCAGGACGAGAUCAUCCGCAUCUCGGACUGCAUGCGCUCGAACGGCAUCAUUAUGCACUGCGACGGUGCGCGCAUGUGGGAGGUGGCGGCCAAGACGGGCAUGUCGCUCGAGGAGCUGUGCCGCCCGUUCGACACGGUCUCGCUGUGCCUGUCCAAGGGCCUCGGCGCGCCCGUCGGCAGCGUCCUCGUCGGCCCGCGCAAGUUUAUCGAAAAGGUCAAGUGGUUCCGCAAGGCGUUUGGCGGCGGCAUUCGCCAGUGCGGCUCGCUCGCCGUCGCGGCCGACUACUGCGUCGACAACCACUUCCCCAAGCUCAAGGCGACCCACGACCUGUGCUCGUACCUCGCAAAGGGCCUCGCCGCACACGGCGCUCAGCUCCUCCUCCCUGUCGAGACCAACAUGCUUUGGCUCGACCCGUCGUCGCUCGGCUUCACCAUUUCGGACCUCGCGCAGCGCGCCAAGACGCGCGGCCUCACGCUCGGCUCGAACCGCAUCGUCGUGCACCACCAGGUGACGCGCGAGGCCGUCGACGACCUGAUCCAGCUCGUCGCCGACAUGAAGCUCGAGUACGCCGACAAGCCCAAGCGCGAGAUCGACCAGGAACAGAACGAGCGGUACGCGCGCGGCGAGUACACGUCGGCGAUCCAGCCGCCCAUCGCUCGCCUUGGCACGAGCUACGGCAAGAACCAGUAGACGUCGCGCACGUCGAAAAAGCCGCCGCGCUCGGCGGCGCACGCUCUCUCCCCAUCUCCUCCCUCGCUUUGACCCCUCUCUCUCUCUCGCGCUUGUCUCUCGUCAUCCUGCAUCUACCUGCCUGCGUCUCGAUCCUCGCCUACAUCCCUCUCCCUUACGUCCACCUCGCGCUCUCGCUUGUAGACCCGUCGAUAGAUCCCUCGAG